CGCAGGCUCACAAGUGAUUGGGGCGCUGCCGGUCCCCCUGUAACACCUGAGGCAGAAUGGGGCAAAGCGGGAAGUGAUGCGGCAGCCAUGCAGAAACUUGGCUUGGAGUAACAGGUUUUCCUGGAUUAAUCAGAGUUUGAAGCCGAUGCAUGGCUUUUCCUGCUGAGGAGCAGAAGGAGGGAACUCCCAUGACUGACUCAUGAUUGUUAUAGAGAUAUUAUAGCCUGGUUAGAGCGCUCCUCUGGAUGGUAUGUUGAUGCGUAUGGAACAUCGGUUAAUACGGUGUCUGGUACAGCGGGGACUGCUCUAGCACUGGGCAUACUCAUCAUGGGCCAGUGUGUCACAAAGUGCAAGAACCCUUCAUCCACGCUAGGGAGUAAAAAUGGUGAGCGGGAGUCGAGCAAGCCCCACAAGCGCAGCUCUAGCCACAAGGACGAGCACUUGUCCAUCUGCGGGAAGGCCUCCAGGGAGAUUCUGGUCAACGGAACCAAGAAAGGAGACGUGUCCUUAGAAGCGAGCCAGCCUCUGGCAGCGGGUGGUGACACUAAGAAAAAGGAGCAGGGGACGGGCGCAGAGUUGUCCUCUGUGCAGAGAAUCGAGGAAUUAUUUUGGCGCUAUAAGGACGAGCGCGAAGAUGCCAUAUUAGAAGAAGGCAUGGAACGGUUUUGCAAUGACCUGUAUGUGGAUCCAACGGAAUUUAGAGUCCUCGUUCUAGCAUGGAAAUUUCAGGCGGCUACCAUGUGCAAGUUUACCCGGAGGGAGUUUUUCGAGGGCUGCAAAGCAAUAAACGCAGACGGUAUAGAAGGCAUCUGCGCCCGCUUCCCCAGCCUGCUAAACGAAGCCAAACAAGAGGACAAGUUUAAGGAUCUCUAUCGCUUCACGUUUCAGUUCGGCCUGGACUCCGAAGAAGGGCAGCGGUCGCUUCACCGGGAAAUAGCCAUCGCCCUGUGGAAGUUAGUGUUCACCCAAAACAAACCCCUUAUUUUGGACCAAUGGUUAGACUUCCUAACUGAGAACCCCUCAGGAAUCAAGGGAAUCUCUCGGGACACGUGGAACAUGUUCCUAAACUUUACUCAGGUGAUUGGACCGGACCUCAGCAAUUACAGUGAGGACGAGGCCUGGCCGAGCCUCUUUGAUACAUUUGUGGAAUGGGAAAUGGAGCGAAGGAAAAACGAAGAGGAAACCAAAUGUAUUCCAUGUUCAGGCACAGACGAUCAGAGUACAGAGGGGCAGACUUAGCGCCGCGCACGCAGCAGGAAGGCCAAGCUUUCUGUUUCCCGGUUAUUUAAUCCAAACUCUGGACAUUUCCUGGAAAUUUAACACAGAAUCUAGUUUUUUUCUGUUUGUUAUUUUUAACAACUUUACACCUUUUUCUGCCUUGAAUUUGAAAGGGCUCUAAACGCUGGUAAAUUGUUCAGGCACUUUGUUACCAUGGCUUCGUUAUUUUCUUCUGUUUUAAGGAUCUUCUGGUGCCAGAAAGUGUUUUAUCUUUAUAUUUCCAUGUCCACCCAGCACUAAAAGCAUUGGAAAGGGUGGCCGGAAUGCCUGGGGGGAUCAUUUAUUUAAUUUACCCUGCACCUCAAUGCAUUGUAGGACCGCUGGAACUGAGUGCACACACUCCGGCCACGUCCUGCACCACCCUUUCGAAUUGGUUAAACCCCCCCCUUCCGUGCCAAAGGGGUCAGUAAUGCAUUGAAUGCCCGCUUGGCACAUAGUAGCUGGGAGAAAGAGAGCCCUGGGUUCUGUGUGACAGUGCCAGGGCCAUGUUUAUCCCCCCCCAUCCCGGUGAUCCCAUGUGAGUGACGGCAGUUCAGUACUGUGUGUAGUGGUGUUUACAUUGUUGGAUUUUAAAGAGUUGUAACCAUUCAGUGGGGUCGGGGUGGGAACUGCUUUUUCUCGGAUGAUAUCAGAGCAUUAAAUGUAUGUGCAUUAAUUCAACUUCAAAUACUAUGACAGAGCCAGCUGCUUUUCUCUUUUUCUUUUUUAAUGGAUUAUAUUUCAUGAUACUGCCAUUUGUGGAUUUGUAAAGGACAGCGACUCUGUUGUGCAUUUUAAUUUAUUUAAAGGAAAAAUAUACCCUAUUUAUUGGCAA